AUGAAUACUCGACCCAUUUUGGACUCGGAUACAGGGCCCUUUGUCCUCUCGGCAUCCUUCAACGCAGACUGCUCUCACUUCUCGGUAGCCUUGGAGACGGGGUUUCGCGUAUUUUCGUCUACAACAUGCGAGGAGAAAAUUGCCAGAGAAGUCGGCGGCGGCAUCGGUUGCGCAGAGAUGCUCGGCAACAAGAGUUACAUUGCCCUAGUCGGAGGAGGGAAGCAGCCCAAGUACCCUCAGAACAAGGUGCGUCCUGAGGACUUCGACUGGCUCCUCGUCAACGACACUGACAUCAUCUACGAGGUCCAAAUCUGGAACGAUAAGACGGAACGGUUCACCACGUCGGUCGAGUUCAAAACGCCGGUACAGCGCGUGCGCCUGUCGCAAACACACAUGAUCGUCGCAUUGCUGAAUUCGAUAUGCAUAUACAAGAUGAAAGUGCCGCUGGCCAAGACGGCGGAAUACGAAACAGUCAACAACCCGUUCGGACUGUGUGAGUUGGGUAAGGACAUUGUCGCUUUCCCUGGUAGGGCAGCUGGCCAAGUCAAGAUCUACGACCUCAAUACGGGCAACGUCAGUAUCAUACCCGCCCACGAGAGCCCGCUCCGCGCAAUCGGGAUAAGCAGGGCCGGCGACCUCAUUGCCACCGCCAGCGAGCAAGGCACCUUAAUCCGCCUCUGGUCCUUUCCCUCGUGCACAAAACUAGCAGAGCUCAGACGCGGCGUCGACCCCGCCGCCAUCUUCUCCCUCGCCUUCUCGCCCGACGGCUCGACCCUCGCCGUCACAUCCGACAAGUCAACCUUGCACAUCUACGACCUCGUCAUUGCAACGACCGCAGCCUCACAAGCGGACCCCUCGCAGCAUAAAUACGGUAUUCUUUCCAAAAUACCUUUACUGCCCCGCCAGUUCUCGGAUACCUAUCCAACUGCGACGAUCAAGUUUGACAUGGGCGAUGAACCGACAGCUUGGGGACCACAUGGCAGAUCGGCGACAUUGAGUGCAGGGAUCCCGGGUGUACCGGGUGGUCGACCGACAAAGGGACUCAUCGGUUGGUUGAACGAUGAGACGAUUCUUGUUCUUGGGGCUGGACAGGAUGCGAGAUGGGAAAGGUUCCAUGUGGGACCUGACGAUAAGGGGAAGAAGUGUCUUUUUACGAAUGGGUGGAGACGGUACAUUGAUUAG